ACUCAAGAAAACAGAGUUAAACAAAAAUGGAGAAGAUAGAGCACAAAAUGGUAGCUGUAAAUGGCCUAAAUAUGCAUAUAGCAGAAUUAGGCCAAGGCCCAACAAUCCUCUUCAUACAUGGCUUCCCUGAGCUCUGGUACUCAUGGCGCCACCAAAUCGUCUACUUAGCCGAACGCGGUUAUCGUGCUGUGGCGCCGGACUUAAGGGGUUAUGGAGAUACUACAGGUGCACCCAUUAAUGACCCUUCAAAGUUCAGUAUAUUUUACCUUGUGGGUGAUCUCGUAGCACUACUUGAAGCCAUUUCUCCGAAUGAAGAAAAGGUGUUUGUUGUUGCGCAUGAUUGGGGUGCCUUAAUUGCUUGGCAUUUAUGCCUUUUUAGGCCAGAUAAAGUUAAGGCUUUGGUGAAUUUGAGCGUUCAUUAUUUUCCAAGGAAUCCAAAGAUGAAUAUUGCUGAAGGGCUACAGGCUUUUUAUGGGGAAGAUCACUAUGUCUGGAGAUUUCAGGUACCAGGAGAAAUUGAAGCUGAAUUUGCUCCAAUUGGUGCUAAGUCUGUUCUUAAGAAAAUGUUGACAUACCGCAAUCCUGGACCAUUCUAUUUUCCUAAAGGCAAAGGCCUGGAGGCUAUCCCUGAUGCUCCCGUUGCGCUUUCAUCUUGGCUUUCUGAGGAAGAGUUGGAUUCCUAUGCCAGCAAGUUUGAGCAGACUGGCUUCACCGGUGGAGUUAACUAUUACCGAGCUUUACCCCUGUAAGCCUUACUCACCUUUAUGAUAUCGUAAAUUUGAUUGCAUUUGUUGUAUGCUUCUAUAGUUCACAUUUGUUUCAACUAUUUGGGAUUAAGGUCUUAGUUGUUGCUUUUACAAUUGCAUUAGGUUUGAUCUCUGUCAAGAGGCUUUUUCUUUUGAUUAGAGACUUGUAUGUAUGUUCGUAUAGAGAUAAGUCUGAGACUUAGAGAACUUCUACCUCUACAAGUCCCUAAUUUGCCUUAAAAUACAAAUUACUUGGUAUUAGAGUGAAAUAGACCUGAAUAAGGUAGAACCGAUACAUCAGACUUAUAUAAUUGAACCCAACUAGUUAAAAAUCAAGGUAUAGUUAAUUGAUUAUUAUCCUGUUCUCCUUAUAUUCAAGUACAUUCUGAAGUUCAUGAGAAAUGUCCUAUUUUUUUUUUAUUUUUUUUUUAGUGACGGUGGUGUCCGGACCAAUUUGUGCAUACCUAGACUACCUGCUACCUCCUACUAACACCGGAUAACUCUAU